AUGGAACAAGUCCCUGAACAAGUCGUUUACGACACUCAUUCAUUCAAGCUUCCGAUCAUCCUCGGCUCGUCCUCCAAGUUCCGUGCGACAAUCCUGAGGCAGCACAAUGUCGAUUUCACCGUCCUAAAACCCGAUCUCGAUGAAAAAGCCGUGCCGGGCCGUGAUGAACACGACCCGUCCGCCACCGCACUCGCCAUCGCCCAUGCCAAGGCCGCCGCCCUUGCCUCGCAGAUCCCAGCCGGUACCCCUCCUUCUCUCGUCAUCACAACCGAUCAAGUCGUCGGCUUCGCCGGCACAGUCCGCGAGAAGCCCGAAUCGGCCGACGAAUGCCGCCACUAUAUCAAGAGUUACGAAGAAGCCCCCGCCGAAACGCACUCCGCCGUAGUCGUCACAAACACCAAGACGGGUAAACGAGUCGCGGGCGUUGACGUUGCGCGCCAGUACUUUGCCUCCGUGCCCAACGAGGUUGUCGACGAGUUGAUCCGGAAGGGGGAUGUGAUGCAUAGUUGUGGUGGGUUCGUGGUCGAUGACCCCCUUCUUCACCCAUACCUCCUGGCGCGUGAGGGCGAUGAAGACUCGAUUAUUGGGAUGCCGAUGAAACUCCUCAUGCAGCUUCUGAAAGAAGCUGAAGAGGAGAUG